AUGCCAGCCACCUCCCGCUAAAUGGCGCCGCUCCGCCGCCGGGCGCUGCUGCGGGCGCUGCUGCUCCCGCUGCCAGGACUGUGGUGCUUUAGUGAGCUGUUUUUUGUGAAAGAGCCUCAGGACAUUACUGUCUCAAGGAAGGAUCCGGUGGUUUUAGACUGCCAGGCCCGUGGUGAAGCUCCUAUAACUAUUACAUGGCUGAAAAAUGGAGGCAAAGUAUCUGAAAAUGAACGGAUCUACACUUUAUCCAAUGGCUCGUUAUAUAUCAGUGAGGUGGAAGGAAAGAAAGGAGAGCUGUCUGAUGAAGGAUUUUACCAGUGCUUAGCUCUGAACAAAUACGGGGCUAUUCUCAGUCAAAAAAGCCACCUCACACUAGCAACCAUUUCUGCAUUUGAAGUCCAGCCACUUUCAACUGAGGUCCAAGAAGGUGGAGUAGCUCGAUUUGCCUGUAAAAUAACAGCAAACCCUCCUGCCACUGUGACAUGGGAAGUGAAUCGAACAACUUUACCUUUAGUCAUGGACAGGAUAACUUCUCUACCUACAGGAGUUCUGCAAAUCUAUGGUGUUGAACAGAAGGAUGCUGGGAAUUAUCGAUGCGUUGCCACAACAAUAGCCAAUAGACGUAAAAGCACUGAGGCAGUGCUGAGUGUUAUUCCAGCCUCAGACUUGAAGCCUAUUCACAAGCCAUCUAUAAUAGCUGGUCCUCAAAACAUUACGGCUUCUCUUCAUCAAACUGUCAUACUGGAGUGUGUAGCCACAGGGAAUCCAAAGCCAAUCAUCUCAUGGAGCCGGUUAGACCAUAAGUCCAUUGAUGUCUUCAAUACCCGUGUCCUUGGAAAUGGGAACCUCAUGAUCUCUGAUGUAAAGGUGCAGCAUGCAGGCGUGUAUGCAUGUCGAGCCACUAUUCCAGGCACACGAAACUUCACAGUAGCAAUGGCAACUCUCACUGUGCUGGCUCCACCUUCAUUUGUGGAAUGGCCAGAAAGUUUAACAAGGCCUAGAGCUGGUACUGCUCGUUUUGCUUGUCAGGCAGAAGGAAAUCCUGACCCCAAAAUUUCAUGGUUAAAAAAUGGAAGGAGAAUACAUUCCAAUGGUAGAAUAAAAAUGUACAACAGUAAAUUGGUGAUUAACCAGAUCAUUCCUGAAGAUGAUGCCAUUUAUCAGUGCAUGGCUGAGAAUAGCCAGGGAUCUAUUCUCUCCAGGGCCAGGCUUACUGUAGUUAUGUCAGAAGACAGACCCAGUGCACCUUACAAUGUCCAUGCUGAAACGAUGUCAAGCUCAGCAAUCUUGCUAGCAUGGGAGAGGCCACUGUAUAAUUCAGACAAAGUGAUUGCAUACUCUGUGCAUUACAUGAAAGCAGAAGGUUUAAAUAAUGAAGAGUACCAAGUGGUCAUUGGAAAUGACACAACGCAUUACAUUAUUGAUGACUUGGAACCAGCCAGCAACUACACCUUCUAUAUUGUAGCUUACAUGCCUCUGGGAGCCAGUCAGAUGUCAGAUCAUGUGACUCAACACACCCUUGAAGAUGUUCCCUUGAGAGCUCCUGAAAUUAGUUUGACAAGCAGGAGUCCUACAGAUAUUCUCAUCUCUUGGCUGCCAAUUCCUCCAAAAUACAGGAGAGGUCAUGUGGUCCUGUACCGUCUGUCUUUCCGCCUUAGCACAGAGACUAAAAUCCAAGUCUUGGAGCUUCCAGGGACUUCAGAUGAAUAUCUCCUCGAAGGCUUGAGGCCUGACAGUGUCUACUUGGUCCGUAUCACUGCUGCAACAAGGAUUGGCUGGGGAGAGGCAUCAUUGUGGACUUCUCACAGAACUCCCAAAGCUACAAGUGUGAAAGCACCAAAGUCUCCUGAGCUGCGUUUGGAGCCGAUGAACUGUACAACCAUUACAGUACAGUGGCAGCAGGACUCUGAGGAUACUGCAGCUAUUCAAGGGUACAAGCUGUAUUACAAGGAAGAAGGCCAACAGGAGAAUGGACCGAUUCUGUUGGACGCCAGUGAUCUUGAGUAUACUGUCAGUGGUUUAGAUCCUAGAAGAAAGUAUCAUGUAAGGCUGCUGGCAUAUAACAUUAUGGAAGAAGGUUAUCAAGCAGAUCAAACAGUCAGCACUCCAGGAUGUGUCUCUGUCCGUGAUCGUAUGGUGCCACCGCCACCACCUCCUCACCACCUCUAUGCCAAAGCUAACACUUCAUCUUCUAUCUACCUUCACUGGGGAAAGCCUGCCUUUACAUCUGCACAGGUCAUUAACUACACAAUCCGCUGCAACCCAGUGGGGCUGCAGAACGCUUCUCUGGUUCUCUACCUUCAAACGUCAGAGACUCAUAUGUUAGUUCAAGGUCUUGAGCCAAAAACCAUGUAUGAAUUUGCAGUUCGGCUGCAUGUGGACCAGCUCUCCAGUCCCUGGAGUCCAGUAGUCUACCAUACUACCCUUCCAGAAGCACCAUCUGGCCCUCCAAUAGGAGUGAAGGUGACUUUGAUAGAGGAUGAUACUGCUUUGGUUUCCUGGAAGCCACCUGAUGAUCCUGAAACAGUUGUUACACGAUAUACUAUCCUCUAUGCAUCCAGGAAGUCUUGGAUUGCUGGGGAAUGGCAAGUGUUGCACAGAGAAGGAGCAAUGACCAUGGCUUUGCUGGAAAACCUUGUAGCGGGAAACAUCUACUUGGUCAAAAUAGCAGCCUCCAAUGAAGUGGGAGAAGGUCCCUUCUCAAAUGCAGUAGAACUUGCUGUCCUGCCAAAGGAGACAUCAGAGUCCAAUCAGAGACCCAAACGCUUGGAUUUGGGAGAUUCCACAACAUAUUCUGACUAUUACCAUCUGGACCAGAAAUCAAUGACUGGCAUUGUUGUUGGGGUUUGUAUAGCCUUGACCUGCAUCCUUAUCUGCAUCCUGAUCUUAAUUUAUCGCAGUAAAGCCAGGAAAACAUCUGCUCCUAAACCUGUGCAGCAAAGCACUGACCAGCUGUCACAUACCAGCAUCUCAUUAGCCAGUGCUAAUGAGGUGGAGAAGAGUAUUGAAGGAAUGGCAGAGAAUGAAGAAUCCCUAUUGCCGAUGAUAGUGGGAAACAGCUUCAUUGAUGCUAAGGGGGGAUCUGAUCUGAUUAUUAACAGCUAUGGGCCUGUCACAAAGGCUAACUGCAAGAAAAGGUGGCUGUUCUUCCAAGACACUAAGAAGGUGAAGACUGAGGAGCCUCAGAGAAGAUUUGUCCAGGCGGUGUGUCUGUAUCAGCCAGGCACCACUGUGCUGAUCAGUGAGGAUGACUCCCCCAGCUCUCCUGGCCAGCAGUGUAAUUUCCAGGUGCCAUUCAGUAUUGUUGCUGAUACGGAGCAUUCAGCCAACAGUGAAGGAAGCCACGAGACUGGUGACUCUGGAAGAUUUUCUCAUGAGUCCAACAACGAGAUACAUCUCUCCUCUGUGACAAGUGCCACCCCUCCCACUACCAGCCCUUUUGUAAGCAGUGACUUGGGUACAAGCAUAAUGAGCCCUGUCAUAAAUAACUGCACAAAGUCUCCUCUGCCAUUUGCUACUGACCAGACUCCUACCUCACCUCUUCAGAUACACUCUGCGGUGCAAAACUGACAUCCUUAGGGCCACACAGCGUAUGCAGUGUUUGUCUGUUCGAAGGACAAUGAACAGGGAGCCAAAGUUCUACUGUGGAAAGCCUGACUAACCUAGCAGGUGAUCCCAUAUUUCUGUUGAAUGUUUUUUCUCUUUUUUUUCUUUUUUUGUUUGUUUUGGGUUUCUGUUUGUUUUUUAAAACUCACUCAUUUUGAAUGUUUAGUGGUUAACAAAUGUGAAAGGACAGUGAAGAUUUCUGAGUAAAGUUAAAAAAUAUGUCACUGGAGCAAAGGGAAGGCUUGGCCCUUUUGCUGACUAUCUACCUCAGUUUGCCGAGAGGUGAACUCUGAAUGAUGACUGCUUUACCUCAUUUGUGUUCUAGCUGGUCUCAGCUAUGGAACUGAUGAUACUUCCUAAUAGUCUUGUUUUAUUUUUUGUUUCUUUUUUUGUUGUUUUCAGUUGUGUGUAGAGUGUGUGUGUGUGUGCAUGCACACGUGUGCACUCAGUGAUCAGGGAGUUGUAUAGGUAGGUGAACAAGAUUGUUUAGCUGAAGCUCUGUCUUUAAAAAGAAGGAAGCCUCAGAGUAUAAAAUGUAGUAUUUAAUGUGGUUGACAUAGAGGAUGUUAAAAACGGGGAAAACUGGAGUUGGUGCUUCCACGUAUACAGCCACAUGACAUCUUUUGUACCUCUUGAUUUCUUAUGACCCCAGUAUGCCUAGGACAGUGCCUUUCCCCCAGAAAUUUGUGCCAACAACUGCUGACAGGAUGUAGGCUCUGGGAUGUGGUAGGUUCCCCACAGUGACAGAUGUUGCCCCUUUAUUGACAGUUAAUGCUAAAAAGCAUGGCAAGAUGAAAACAUAUUCAGCAUUUCUAAACAGUUUGGCUCUGCCUGUGCAUCAUGGAAUAGACAAUAAUGCUGAGUAUUGCAGUACUUCUUAGUAAUGGUGCCUUGCAUUAUAUAUUAUGAAAUUACUGAUUUGCCUUAUGCCUUUUUAGUAUUCAUAAAGUUGCUUUGAGUACAGAAAGAUGCCUUAAAUCCUUCUUGGAUGUUUUAAGUAAACUGUAUCAUGAGUUAGUAGUUCUUUUUACCCAGCUUUGAGUGCUGAAAAGCACUGCUGGGAUCAUAGUAUGAGCUGCUGUUAGAACGCAACCCUGCUCCUUGCCUUCACCUAGUGUGCUGUUAGCCAGGAAUUUUAGCUCAGGGAGUGACUUUACCCACAUGCCAGUCUAAAACUCUGAUUAGGCUACCAUGAGAGAGAAAAAAAAGCCAGAGCUUUAGCUGAAGAGUCUGUUGGAAGAGGUGAGUACUGCUACUGCCUUGAACCCAUGCAAUUCCUGUUUUAUACUACCUCUAUUAAGAGUUCUUCUAGUAUUUUUUGGGGUUGUUUGUUGUUGUUUUUUCCUGUACUCAGGGAACAGUUUGUUACUUUUGAGCUGCCUCACAGAAACGUGGAGCAAACUGACAGGGUAUCAUGUUUUGUUUUUUAAUAGGAGAGAGGGAGAGAGAAGGAGGAGGUUGGAAUCAUCCAAUGUUAUGAACUUGCCUGUAUCUAUAUCCAGUCCUCUUCUCCAGUCCUCCUCUUUACAUGUUUUACUUUAGAAAAAAAAAAAAAAAAAAAGCAUAUGUUUUUACUUAAAAAAUAAAAAAGUUUAAAAUGUAAUGUUGUGAGAAAGCAACCAUAGGAACUCCUGGCUCUAUUUAAGUCUGUCAGAACUCCCAUUGACUUCACUGGGGCCAAGUAAGGUGUCACCCUUACAGUAGGCCAGGCUGACUUUUGUAUCAUUCCUCAUGUAUCAAAAGGUGGUCAGAAGUCGUCAAUAAGCCCUACUCUUAUGUCUGUUUUGUGUUGAUGAAUUGGCCUCUAGUUACUGUAGUUCUUUACGUUGUAACUGUUUGCUAGUUCUGAACCAGACAGUACACAUUCACCUUUUUAUAACAGUGUGAUUCAAAUGCUUUAAAACUAAUCUUGUACCAAAGACUUUUCUGUAGAAGAGAAGGAAGCCACAUAUUGUCCAAAAAUAAUUGAACUAGUUAAAAGCUGUAGGUUUGAAGAGCUGAAUACAUCUUAUUGUAUAAGUAGUUACUAACAAAAAACAAUAGGGCUUCUUGAGUGUAGUAGUUGAUUGCAUAGAUGAGUUGUAUUCUUCUACAAUUUUAACUACCUUGUUGAAACAAGAGCCUUUAAAGAAAGUUAUUAUAAUACCAGCAGAUAUCUCCAAAGACUUCCUAGUGUAAUUUUUUUUUCUCCAGCAUGUAGUUGAUCAACAAUACAGUAGUAAAAAAAAAAUUUUUAAAUAGUUGUUUAAUCUACUUGCUGAAGAAAAAGAAAACGUUUUCACCAAAGAUUUAUUUUUGGUCUUGUCAGGCAGAAUGUUUAGUGUACAGCAGAGUACUCUUUUUAGUUAGGAAAAGUGUGAAUUAAUCAAAACUAGAUUAAGAAUGUGUAACUGUAGCAUGAAGUUUCACGCUCCAUCUUUCAGAGUAGCCUCUUUUGUUAGUUUCAUUCAGAAAGAGUUGAUAUGCAGAUGGUAACUGUUUGCUCCUCCAAAGACUUGUUUGCUGUAAGUAUUGAUAAUCGGAUGUAAUUUUAUGACCUUCAUUAGAGGUAAAUACUUUAAGUCCUAAACUUUUUCUUCCAGACAUCCACUGUGUAGUUUAACCCAUGGAUAAUAUGAGAAAAAGAGACUUAUAAAACUUGUCAGUCUAAUAUAGAUGCUCUAACUUCAAUAGCCAGAGGUGAAAGUAUUCAGUGAUUAGAAAGCAGUCCAUCCAGACCUCUGUUCAUCACUUAAGGUUUUAUUAAGGUACUUUUUAUCAGCAAAUAAAGAAAACCAAAGAUAUUUAAGGUUACCUCAGCAUAUAGGCAAGCUUAGUUAGAUGUUAAUUAUUCUGUCUUUUUCCUUAUUUUUAUGUUAACCAAAUAGAAUAAGUUUCUCCAGAACCCAGUCUACAUUCAUGUGCUUCCCUUUACUUUGUCACAAAGUCAUGAUUACCACAGAACAAAAAAUGUUAUCCUCAAAAAUCAUGACCUAUUACUAAUAUAGCACAAGAUUUUGUGAGGGAAAAUUUGUCCUAUGAUUGGAAGCUCCACCAAUGUAAGCAAAGGAGUCUCCAGAAAAAUUGUGCAGAAGUUGAUACUUUCUCUAUUGAACUCAAUAGCAGACUCAAUCCUUUGUGAUUGGAACAGUGCAAAAUUGGGCUCAAAGUUGAAAUGCUUCAUAUCCUUGAAACCAAGGCAUGUAAUUACAGAUAUGAUAUUACAGAUAGUAAUUUUCUUAAAUGUUUAUACCUGUGGCUGUCUAAGGAAAUCAAUUUUUCAUACGCAGAUUUUGUUCAAUCCAUUUGCAGGCAGAAUGGUUUCAGGUUUUCCAGUAUUUUUUUCCUUGGUUAUGUCUGUAGAAACUGGGUCCUGGAGGGAAAAAAAAAUCAUUGUUUAAUUAUGAAUUUUACUAAAUAUGUUCUGGAAGAUGAACAUAAAUGUGGAAUUUAGUGUUACACUAUGCUAAUUGAUUUUGUUUAAGUAUAUUAAGAACUAAAGAGCCAUGGCUGGUGUAAUGAGUGUAUAUGCAACCCUUGUACUUUAAAAAGAAAGCAAAAAUGUUUAAAGUUGCUGUGACUUGAAAAGCAUCUUGAAACUGGCUUACUGUGCUAAUUGUGUUUCCAAGUGAGGACUCUGCCCUUCAAUUGCAACAGCAAUGCCUGUUCUGCAGGACCUGGAUCCAAAACCUAACCCUCAAUCUGCCCACAGUUACAACUGUGUAGUUUCUUCAUA